UUGUGUGCAGAUCGGAGCUCGGAGAAGCAGGAUGAGAGUAUUGGAACGGAUCUGGAUUAGAAACAAGCUUUUUAUUGACUUUUUGCAGUGCUUAACUAUCAGAAGUGCCAUUAAUUGUUUCAUUCUGGACAAACAAAGCGAGCUUUCUUCUUGAAGUCACUUUUUAAUUCUUAGCUUUAAAUCAAGUUAUAUUUGGACUGCACAUUUAAUUACCCAAGCUUCAUCUGGUUCGCCUGUGGGGCCUUAUUCAUUAGUUGCUCACUCCUCUUCAUCAGGUUACACGCGCGCGCAGAGGAGCUACGUGACUGCACGCACUCCCAGCCGGGAGCGGAUGACUCGGAAACUCCCGGUCAGCAUCUUCUUUCUCUUGUCUGAAUAGUUCGGGGACUUUGGUUGGAUUGUUUUAUUGUGUGCAUCGGGACCAGGAGCAGUCAGCACCAGCUUCCGCUCGCAGACAUCACGAAAUGAAAGUCGGUUUUGUCCUCCAGGCUGCGAUGGCGCUUUACUUGCUGCUCUCACCUGCACAGGGUCUACCCUUGUCAAGCAUAAACAGCACAACAGAAGCCACAGUAUUGAUGUUCCAAGAGGUGUGGGGCCGCAGCUUCUGCAGGACCAUAGAGAAGCUGGUGGAGGUGGUGCAGGAGUACCCGUCAGAAGUGGAGCACAUCUACAGCCCCUCCUGUGUGCCGCUGGUGAGGUGUGCCGGCUGCUGUGGGGAUGAAAACCUGGAGUGCCAUCCCACUCACACCACAAAUGUCACCAUGCAGCUGUUGAAAAUCAGGCCAUCGGAGCCGGGCCAGGAAUAUGUAGAGAUGACAUUUGUGGAGCAUCAGACAUGUGAAUGUAGAGUCAAGAAACCCAUUGUGAAGGUUGAAAGAAAAAGGCAAAGAGGAAGAGGAAGGAAGAGAAAAGACAGACAAAAAACAAAAGAUUGUGACAGAUGCCAGAUCCCUCGCAGGUAACUGUAGUGGCAACCCAAACCUCCUGUCGCAGCGGGGCUCAUCUUUUAUUUCCAACCCAGUGUCAGCACCUAGAGUCUCCUCCGCUCAUCCACUAACACUGUGCCUGCAAACAGAGGCUCAAACUGCUGGGUUGUGUUGGUGACAAGCUCACCUUUUGACGAGGCAGAGCUUCAACAGGAAGUGUGUUUGAUUUGUGGAAAUACUGCUGUUACACACGUGACGCAAUGGACACGCCUGGGAGCCAGUGCAAUGUAGAACCAAACAGACCAGUGACUUCUUUUAUCUAUUACUGUGUUGUUUAUUUUAAUUUGCUCAUUUCUUUGGUAUUUAAAAGUGAUUCCACAUGUUUAGAGCCAAUAUUUAUUAAUACAGAGACAAAAAUUAAGGAACCAGCAUUGUUCAAAUAUCAGAGCAGCCUUGGCAGCAUUUGUAACUGCUGUUUUAGACAUGAAAGAAUGAAAUGUCUCCCUCUAGUGUUUAUAGAAAUAGUGUUUAAAACCACUCUACAUAAAUGGUUUUGUUUUUACUUUAACCAUAUGAAUAUGAUAGGAGUUUUCAGUCACAUGAUCAGCCUUAUGGGAAAUCAGUUCUCUUUGCACAGCUAAGGUGACCAGACAUGAGUUUGACGGCAGUUCAAACCUAAAUAAAACAAUAUUUAUCAGACAUUUUUCAACUCAAGGCAUGACCAAAGACAUUUUAAAGGCUAUGAUUUUAAAACUGUUUAAAAAAAAAUUAUUAUUCUCUAGGAUCUGUUCCAGUUUUUUUGUUGUUGUGGAGGGUUUGAUACACUGUCAUUCAUACCUACUUUAUAUUAUAACAGUCGUUUCAUUGCUGAAUCCAUUCUGGAUUGAAACUGUAGAUAUAACCAGUGAGUGACUUUAACUCUGAGAAACCUUGAGCUUUUCAAUUACACAGACAAAUCCACUUAUGUUAAAGCACACCAGGAAGUGUUAGCCUGAUUUAAAGAUCAGUACAGUUAUAAUUAAUACAAUUAAGCAGUGCUCAUUUGGAAUUGAUCCCAGAUUAAAGAGUAUCAAUAGCAAUUACUUUUUUGUUCUAACAUGGUUGUUAAGAUCUCACACAUAUAAAAACAGUAGGUUUUCUGUGCUCAUUUUGACCUCAGUGACAUAAUAUCCCACAUGAACACAACACAGGUGCCUUUGUUUUUGGAAAGUAAGGGAGGUUCAAUUGAAGUAGUUAUGUAAAGUGCUUUUUUGUUUGUCUUUUUUUCAGUGUACUACACAAAGAAAAUCAAUGAAAGUGUAAAAGAUAACUUUCCAUUUUGUUUGUAUUUUUUAUUUCAUUUAAAUAUUUAUUUUGUAAUUAAAUUCUUAUUGCUGAAUG